GUAAUGUGGCAAUCAGAUUUAAUCACCCAGUGAUUAUUUAAUAGUUCCACUAGUUUUUUCAUGUCAGCUUUUCUUGCAUUAUAAUCUCUGACAUAAAAGCUGACAUGAAAAAACAUGUUGGACAGAAUAUAAAAAAAAUAAAAUAAAAAAAAGCAUGCAUUGGGAUAAAAACUAGUUAGACUCAGAAAUAAUAUACAGCUUUUAAGCUCUCAUGAUAUGCAAGUGAACAUCUGCUGCCUACCCAAUUUUGAGCGAAAUUUAUAUUGGUUUAAAAAAAAAAAUCAUACAGUGAAAUGAAAGAGAUAAACCAUGGAUCCUACCAUGACAACAAGGGGGCAAGAUGGGGAGGAGAGGCAGUCAAAGCUAGACCUCUUGAUAAUGAUCAAAAGAAUAUUUAAAAAUGUAUAUUGUUCCAGAAUAGUGAAUACCUACAUCUAAAAUCUGUGUAUUCUGUUACAGGAAGUACUAUAUUCAGAAUAGUUAUGUUGCAUUACAUUAUAGUGCAACAGAGGGUUAAAAGAGCCUGUAAUGCAUUUAUUUAUCACUAAUGAGAGAAGGAAAUACUAUCUAGCACCAACCUGAGAGAAGAGUGAGGAGGAGGAGAGUCUAGGGAGUGACAUAGGCGUCCAGCACCGGAUUAGGAGAUUUAAUCUAUAAUUAAAUCAACAUAAAAAGAUUUACAAUAAUCUUUUAUAAUAAGACGUUUUAAUACUUCCAAGCCAGGUGGGAAAGAUGGAUAAUUGUGAGAUUUGUGGACAGACAUGAAUGAGAGCUUAUGAGACCAAAAUACAAAUGUAAACCAAACAUUUCUGAGAAGUUAACUCCUUGUUGUAAAAUGAUUGCUAUACUUCUUAGCUAUGAUAGCAGCUAUAUAGUAGCACAUUGCACAGAGGAGAGCAUAAUUUUACAAGGCAUCUAUAUUGAAAUUUAUAAGUAGGGAGUAGGAUCUUAGAAAACUAUAAUCCUAAAGUAAACAAUAAAGACAAACAAUUCUUACCGUUUAUAUUAAAAGCUGGAAUUGUAUUUGCAUAAUGAAAGGACUUUUUUUUUUAUAGUUUGUGCAACCUAAAAGUUGUGAACAGUAGACUUUUACAGGAAGACGCCAUCUUGUGGAUGUGGUGUGCGGUGCGCUCAUAGAAUAGGGUGCGCUGUGGAGUAGCAAUAUAUGAUGUAUGCACAAAGAUAAAUAUGUAUUAUUUAUUUAAAAAAUCAACAACAACAACAACAAUAAUAAUAAUAAAACAUGGGAGGAAAAACUAAUGGAAUUAAAACGAUUUUAUUUUACUUUGAGAUUAGCUUACUUUCUUGAAAUAUAAGUAAUAUUCGAGGCACCUUGAACGCACCACAUGCAGUCCCGUGUUACAGAAUGGAGAGGGAGCCAUGCUAUUUCAGCAUCCUUCUCUUCAUCGCGUUAUUUCAUUGACUUUGAGGACGUCUACCACAUGCAGUUGUAGGAGGGCCAUGGCUCUGACGCUACUCCAAAGACUUCCUAAACAGGUGCGACAGAUUGGCAAGUAUCGCUGUGCUUCUGCUUGUGCCAACUCAGGGCUACUAUUCAAGUGCCAGACUGAACAGCACCUGAGUGUGGCCAGCUUGUGUACCUUAUCUACCAACUGCAUCCGAAACCAUGGGUAUAGAAAACUCCAACUGGACUUGUCAAGGAGGAGACUGACCACAAUAGUCCGUGAGCCUUCAUUUGUGGCCAGCAGCUCUGUCGGACUCCACAAAGAUUCAUUUCCUCGGUUCUGUCUGACUCAAAUGCAUCAUCCCACUCCAGCAGAACAACAGGCUUUUCACAUGCGUCUGAACAAGUGCACUUCAUCCCGGCAGGUCUUCAGAUUCCUGUACUCUGUGGAAGUAAUGACUGACAGCAUGGCAGCAGCAUCCCUUCAUCGUGUAGCUGACUUGGAGCAAGGGGAAAACUGUCUAAAAGACCCUUCAGUGCUGGAGGAGCUCAUCAUUAGAGCGCUCUGCAAGCAGCUGGAGGAAGACUCUGGGCGGCUAACAGAUGGUGGCUUGGUAUCUGCACUUCUAGCCUGCACACGCCUUUAUCUGGAUCCCUGGAGUACUCUGAUGGUGCGUCUGGUGUCUGAAAGCCAGGAGAGACUAGAUCGGGGCUACCUGAAUAUAGGGCAGCUGUGUGUCUUGGGCCGGGCCAUGUUGGCUCUGGAGGGUCCUGGUUCUGUCAUGCUGGAACAGGUCAUGUCACAAAUUCAGAAGCAGGAGCCAGCUCAGUGGAGCUUGCCAGAACUUAGAGCAGUGUAUAAACUGUUACACAAUGGUGCAGGUUUUGAUGGGAAAUACUGUGACCUGUUGAAUGCGAUGCACUCUCAUGCAGUUACUGUCACUUCUCAUAUGAACCCUGCCACUGUCAGUGAGCUGCUCAGUGUCCUCACAAGUCUGAAUCAAACUCAAGCCAUGCCUCUGGUGAUCAGUCUGUGUAAACGGGCUGUGCGCCAUGUUCCUCACUUUACUGAUGAGGAGCUCACUCUUGUUCUAGGAGCACUUAUGCACUUUGGUCACAGUGAUCAUUACUUUGUGGAUGCCAUGGAAAAGUAUGUCCCCACAAUGGCUUUUACUUCCCACCCAGAGACCAUUAGCAAGGUGAUGCAGUUCUUUGGGAGAAGAAACAUCUUGUCUCCAGUGGUGUUUGAUGCUGUAGCUGACAGUUUUGUGUACAGAGCAGAUGAAUACACUACUAGUCAGGUGGCCAGGCAAAUUAUGCCUUUUGGUAAGCUUGGCUACCUUCCUCCAAAUGCUGCUGAUAUGUUCAGGAAAGUUGAGACAAUCUUGCAUUCUCGCUUUUCACACUUCCAGCCUCGCACUUUAAUCAAUGUGCUUCAUUCCUGCAUCUUGGUUGAGAGAUUUCCUGUGAACUUUGUCUCUAAAGUGUUCAGCAGUUACUUUCUCCAACAAUUGCAAGAUCAAGGUACAGGAAUAGAUCGGUAUGUUCUUGCUCAGCUAACUCAGCUUUACAUGACAAUGAAACUGGAGUGUCCUUUCUAUGAGGGACCGCAGCUUCUUCCACAGUACCGAGUCAAGUCGUUUCUCACGCCUGGUCACUCACUGGAGUCCCCAGUCGACAUUCAUUUGUACAAUUAUGUCAAAACUGGAUUGGUGGAUUUACUUGGUGCUCGUUCAUAUUUUGGCUCUAAAGUUUUGACACCAUACUGCUACACACUAGAUGUGGAGAUCAAACUUGAUGAAGAAGGAUUUGUCUUGCCUGCCUCUUAUAAUGAUGAAGUUUAUAAGAGAAUAGCACUUUGUAUUGAUGGACAGAAGAGGUAUACGUCUAACAGAAAGCAGCUAUUGGGUAAAGAAGCUAUAAAGCAACGGCACCUAAGGCUUCUGGGAUAUGAAAUUAUCCAGAUUCCAUUUUAUGAAUUUGAUCAACUCCAAAACAAGUCCAGUGUUGGAGAAUAUCUGCACCAGAAGAUCUUCCCCCACAGCUACAGACUCAGCUGGUGAUCUUUCACUUAAGGGACAUUUUGUUUAGUAUAAAUAGAUGCAUCUACAUAGUAUAAACUGCCAAAUAAUAAGAAUGGUUGUACAAAGCAGUACACAGCUCUUUUGAUGUGCAAAAUCACGUAUGACAUAGAUUCCAUUUGAAAAAUAUAUUUUAUUUGUUGUUGGCAAUUUUUAUGAUGGACAAAAUGUACAAAGCAAAGAGCCCAACUCCAACUAUAGUGUAUAUAUAAAAUAUUUAUAAAACGGUAAACACAAA